AUGGAUUCUGCAAAUUCGCCCGUGAGCUGGGUGGAUUUGAAACGCGAUCCCGGAUUGAUCCGUGCGGAUUUCAGCGGUUACAAGCUUUCACUUGAUCAGUUUCCGUCUUAUAUUCAAUCACUGAAAACACCUGUGCGCGAAUUGCAGCCGAGUAACACGCAAUAUGGCCUUGAACAUAUCAAGCUAUUCAGUGACAUUAAUUAUCUUACAUUCGAUAUGUACUCGUCGGAUUUGUACCAAAAGCGCUUCAUGAUCAUUUUACAGGGCCCUCGACUGUGCUCAAUUGAUUUCGAUGCAGAGGAAUGUUUGAGCAUUGAGCCCCUCAGCAUAUGCGGGGUGGUAAGCUCAUUCGUUAUUGUUGAAAGCCGAUGUGUUGCGAAUAAUUACGAUGUUUUACUGCGGUCUGUUGUGCCCGGAGAAAGAGCAUCAAGCAGUGGACCGAAUUUCAUGAACAAAGCAGUUUGGUUGUCCAUUAUUAACGAAAAUGGAGCAAUGCGAUUGGGAGACAUCCGCAGCGUACUGUGUUCUGGACAUAUCGAAAUGACCACUUUUGAUAGAGCACCCGAAACUCUGAUUAUUGUUAGCACGGGUGAUUUGACUUUUUGUGGAAAUGAAACGGAUACAUCUGCCCCCGAAGAUGAAGAAAUGAUAAUAGAAACUGGUAGGCAUUUUGCAGACUUUACAAUUUUAUUUUUUCGAGAUUUUAUGAAAUUUUAA